GUUUAAAAGACAAAUAUUUUUAAAAAAUUAUCUGAAACUAUGUGAUUCAUAAUUGAAUUUUUAUUUGUUUAUAUUUUAGUUUAUAUUAAUAAUGUUGGUUAGGCCGCAAGAAGUUUCUGUAACAAACUUAUUAUGGAUUACAGAAAAGAGUUCUAUAUAUUUUUUGUUGCAAAAAAGAAAAGGCCAUGGAAAAGCAAGAGGUUUGUCUUCGUUGUUUGUGGGAACUCUCGAUAGUGUUUUUGAUACUAAACCAGCACCAUACAGGAUUUUGCAUCAGACACCUUCCUCGGAUGUAUAUUUUGAAAUAGCAUGCGCUGUGACCUCUCUCGAGAUCGAAAGAGACUGGCAAUGGAUAUUUGAGAACAUUUCAGAAACUCUUACAAGUUUUGAUAAAGAAAAUGAAGUCACCGAUUAUGUUUUAUGUAAAAUUCAUGCAAUGGUUGCUACAACACAAGAACCGGUUCAAAUCGAAGAUGAAGACACAAAGGCAUUCAGAGCAACUGCUGAGAAAUUUCACAAACUAUUUGGAAUACCUGCUGAAGAAAAACUUGUUAAUUAUUACACCUGCAGUUAUUGGAAGAACACUAUUCCCGACCGUGGCCGUCUCUAUCUAACACUAUCUCGCCUAGUUUUUCAUUCUCGUGGAAUUUUCUCCUUGUCCCAGAUUUCUAUUCGAUGGCUCGAUGUGUCUGCUUUGAUCAGGAAGAACGAUUCCAUAACUGCAUCAUUGAUAUUCUCUAAUGCUAUUGAAAUUGAAAUUACUGUCAGAGAUGGUAGCAGACAUAUUUUUAGUGUUUGCGAAGAUGCUGUUAGCUUGAUGGAACAGUUGGCUAAUCAUACCAUGCAAGGAGUUAUAGAUGACAAGACAACAUUCAACGAAGACAAAGAUCUGUUGAAGAAAUUAAGCAAAAACAUUCCCAAGAAAGCGUCAUUCCUUAAACGAGAUUUUGAUGCUCGUGCACAAUCUGCUAAUUACAGGUAUAGAUAUUUAUAA